ACGUCGUCGGAAUCGGAAAACAACAAGCGCAACUUUCCAUUCGAUUUCCCAAGAUGUUGUCCAAUCGAUCCUUUGUGCAGUGUGUAAAUGUUUAGUGGUCAUGAUUGUUUUUCGCUACGGAUAGAGCCCUGGUUUGAUCUGCAAUCGAUUGAAUGUGCCUAUUACCUUGUCUACGCCACCUGCUCAGAACUCGAUCAGGAUCACCAGGAUGAAGAAACUAACAGGAACGUUUCGCAACACGCAAUGGGACCCGUACCUGCUCAUCACACAGAUCAUUGCAAUGCAAGCACUUUUGUACGUAAGCCUCGGGUCGAUCAUGUUCGUGAUGGACUUUUUUGCCGAAGCAAACCAUACCUUGGAUCAUAUUUUCGAGUAUCAUGAAAUACACGUAACCGAUCUCGGUGGACGAUUGGUUAUUGUCGCCUUCAUACUCAACUCCCUAGUCGGUGCCGGGUUGCUGUGGUUUAUUGUGCGGCGGACAAAGCUGUGCUUGGAUUUUAGCUUUACCUUCCACGUCAUACACCUGGUAAUCUGCUGGUGGUACAACGAGGCCUUCCCAUCGACCAUUGGCUGGUGGAUGCUGAAUGCCGUCUGCACGGCGCUCAUGUGCGUGUGCAGCGAAUUUCUCUGUCUCAAAACGGAGCUGAAGGAGAUUCCGGUCGGCUAUACGGCGCUAAACAACAAGGUUGACCUGUAAUUUGUAUCCAUAUCCGCUGUGUAACUGAGGUUUCCGUUCGACAAAAGCUUUGUGGACUCCGAGGAACGUAUAAAAGAGAAAAUAGACGCCAUGGCUUCAGGGACGUUCUCCGGUAAUUCCUGUUCAUAUGUUGUGUAGCAACACUGCAAGCUUUAUAGGUAGAACUUUAUGUAAGAUUAUUUUUAAAUUAUUCUGUUCAAUACUAAUCCAAAACAAAUAAAACAAAAAGAGCUGAAUGAGAA